GUCCGCCAUCGCUCCUUUCUGGCUUCACCGCCCUGCGAUUUAGAGUGGGCGGGAGUGCGUGUCUCUCCCUGCGGCCGCCGCCAUGGUGUUGAGCCCGGUGCUGGGGAAGCUGGCCAGCAAGAGAGUGGUGCUGGCCAGCGCCUCGCCGCGCCGCCGGGAGAUCCUCACCAACGUGGGCCUGCGGUUUGAGGUGGUUCCAUCCUGGUUUAAGGAAACACUUGAAAAAUCAUCUUUUGCAACCCCUUAUGAGUAUGCUGUGGAAACAGCAAAGCAGAAAGCUCUUGAAGUGGCAAACAGAAUGCAUAUGAAACACCUGAGAACACCUGAUGUUGUCAUAGGAGCAGACACCAUUGUGAGUGUGGAUGAGCAGAUCCUGGAAAAACCAGUUGAUAAGCAAGAUGCGUAUAGGAUGCUGUCAAGGUUGAAUGGGAAAGAGCACAGUGUGUUCACAGGAGUGGCUAUCAUACAUUGCAGAAGUCAAGAUAAUCAGCUGCAGACAGAAAUCACUGAUUUCUAUGAAGAAACCAAAGUAAAAUUCUCUGACCUGUCAGAAGAGCUCUUAUGGGAAUACAUUCACAGUGGGGAGCCAAUGGACAAGGCUGGUGGAUAUGGAAUCCAGGCCCUCGGUGGAAUGCUAGUGGAGUAUGUCCAUGGAGACUUCUUGAAUGUGGUGGGAUUUCCUCUGAAUCACUUCUGCAAAAAGCUAGCAGAAUUGUACUAUCCACCCCCUAAACAUAAUGUACAGCAUAAAAAGUAUGACUCUGUCCCUUCUGUUGACACUUUUGAAAACCAAAGUGAAGGAGAAAUUGAAUCUUCAAAUUUUGCAGAACACACAGGUGCUCGGAAGUCGGACAGCAGUGGGAUGUGUUCCUCAGCUACUCACAAUUCCAAAAGCAGUUCUAGUGUCAGAACUGGUUUUAAAGUACCUUUGGGAAAUCAGAAUGGAGUGUCAGAAAGUGCUGCAAAACUUCCAUCUAAAAUUCUAGAGCUGAUGGAUGGGUUUAGAGCUUCAAAGGCUCUGUUUGUAGCUUCUAAGCUGAAGAUGUUUGAUCUUCUGAAAGAUAAAGGUCCACUGAAAGCUGUGGAUAUUGCAAAUCAGGUUGGGACCUCUGUGUGUGGAACAGAAAGACUCCUUGAUGCAUGUGCUGCACUUGGAUUACUGGAGAAGACAUCACAAGGUUACAGUAACACAGAUUCUGCAAAUACCUACCUGACAUCAGAGGGUGAAUGCUCACUUCACAGCUUCAUUAUUCACUCUGAUGACCACCUUUGGCCCCUUUUCACAAACUUGGAGUCUGCUGUCAAGGAAGGCAGCAGGCAGAACCAUCUAGCCUUUGGAAAGAAAGCAGAAGAUUUAUUUAAGGAUUAUUAUCACAGCCAGGAUGUGAAGCAGCGUUUCAUGGCUGCCAUGCACAGCAUUGCCCGCCUGACAGCAAGAGAUGUGGCUACAGCGUUUGAUCUUUCACAGUUUAAAUCUGCUUGUGACUUAGGAGGUUGUACUGGAGCUCUUGCUCAUGAAUUAAUACAAAUGUACCCAAAUCUCAAGGUCACAGUGUUUGACCUUCCAGAAGUCAUUGCAAACACCUCUUACUUUCAGCCUUCAGGACAACAUGCAACUCCAGUGACAUUUGUAUCAGGUGACUUCUUCAAGGAUAAUCUUCCUGAAGCAGAUCUUUACAUCCUUUCACGUGUUCUUCACGACUGGCCUGAUGAAAAGAUACAUGUGCUGUUAAGCAAGAUAUCAGCUGUUUGCAAACCAGGAAGUGCCUUGCUAGUGGCAGAAAUUGUUCUUGAUGAAAAGAAGACACACCCUCCCAGAGCUGUGCUCCAGUCCCUCAGUAUGACUGAAGGCAAGCAGAGAAGUGGCUCAGAAUAUAAAGAGCUCCUGGAGAAAUAUGGAUUCACAAAUGUACAAAUUAAGAUCACAGGAAACUUACUAGAUGCUGUUUUGUGCUUCAAGAAGAAUUUGUCACUGCCCUGAAACAAACUGGAAUGCUGAGAUUUUACAAGACUCGUGCAAUAAAUCCCCAAAGACAAGCACACGUUGUCCAUUUAGGAACAUUGGGACCUGUUUUCUGAAGCAUAGCUGUUACAGGCCUUGAAUAAAAGUUGAUUUGCCUCUGCAGCAGGAGUGAGUUCUACGCAUUUAAAAAGUGUCUGGGGCAGGCCAAAACUCCUGUGUGUUAAAUACCUUCAUGUCCAGUUCUUUUGGCUAGUUUGCAGACUGUAUUAGCUUAGACUUGACACAGCUGUAUCAUAUGACAAGUUAAAACUAAAAGCUUUUAUAAGCUACAUUAAUACUUUAUUUCUCUUGGGCCUUGCAAUUAAAGAGAAUUCUCCCUCUG